AUGGCGGGGCGCCUGGGGUCGGGCCGGGCGCGGGCGCGGGGCGGGCGCGGGGCUGGGGCGGCGGCGCCGCGGCGGGGCUCAAGACUUACUUCAAGACGCGCCCGAGGGGAGGUACAAGCUGCAGUACGAGAAGACGCACUCCGCGGUGCUGCACUACAGCCACGGCGGCAAGACCGUCUCGCAGGGCUCCCAGCCAUCGACACCAAGCUCCAGCAGUGGGAUGCGGUCUCUGCGGCAGCAAGGCUGCUGGGCACUGGGAACGGAAGCAAGGCACUUAGCUUUGGCGGCGGAGAAGGAUCCACUAAAGUCCAUCCAUUUCAGCAACUCAAACCCACUGUGCCAUGCAUUCACCCAGAGGCCAAAGAGGGGCAUGACCUGAUCAUUGGGAUGGGAUCAGGGGAUGUCUAUUCAAUGUCGCUGAGGCAACAGUUACAAGAUCCUGGAAGAAAACCUGUGGCAGCUCUACAUUACAAUAAGGGUGAUAAAGAUGUCUCACCCAAUGGAAGUCGGUGCACUUCUGUCGCAUGGGUACCAGAGCGUGAAGGCAUUUUCGUUGUUAGCCAUUCUGAUGGAAAUUUGUACGUGUAUGAUAAAAACAAGGAUGGGAACACAGACUGUACGUUUCCAGCUGUGAAGGAUCAAUCCCAGUUUAUGGUUGCACAUGCAAAGUCAAGUAAGAGCAACCCAGUCGCUAGAUGGCAUAUAUGUCAAGGUUCGAUCAAUGCAAUUUCCUUUUCACCUGAUGGCACAUACUUGGCGACUGUUGGGAGAGAUGGUUAUUUGAGAGUUUUCGAUUUUUCAAAGGAACAACUAAUAUUUGGUGGAAGAAGUUAUUAUGGUGCACUGUUGUGUUGCACUUGGAGCUCAGAUGGAAAAUAUCUAUUAACAGGUGGUGAAGAUGAUCUUGUUCAGGUAUGGGGCAUGGAUGAUAGAAAGAUAGUUGCUUGGGGUGAAGGACAUAAUUCAUGGGUUAGUGGAGUUGCUUUUGAUUCAUAUUGGUCCCUACCAAGUUCUGAUGGAAAUGGAGAAAAUGUCUAUCGCUUUGGUUCUGUUGGUCAGGACACCCAACUACUUCUAUGGGACCUGGCACUGGAUGAGAUUGUUGUCCCGCCACGGCAUCCUUCAAGUGCCUCACCGACGCUUAGCAGCGGGAGCCCUUCCACGACUGGGACAAUGCAUGUCCUCCAACAGGUGUUCUUCAACCUUCUCCUAGAACGCGAGAUGUCCCCAAACUCUCGCCUUUGUUGCCCACCGAGUACAGUACAUGUCGAUCCCCUAUCUGGUCUGGUGUUCACCAAUGAAUCAAUCCUCACCAUCUGCCGUGAGGGCCUCAUCAAAAUCUGGGUUCGACCAGACCAGAGCGAAAACAAUCAACAAUCAAAUUCUUCAGAAUUUGUUUUAGGCCCCUGUUUCAAAGGAUAG